GCGGCGUGCGGCGGCCGGCAGUCCGGGACGGCGCACCGAUGUGGGAGCACGCGCCGCGCUCUCCGCUCCACAAGACGAACGCGCGCUCGCGAGUGUGUUGCACUACAACUGAGUUUAUUUGAGAACUUUGUUUUGAUCAGUGUGUCUGGUGAACAUGAGGUGUUUAGUGCUGGUGUUGUUGGCGGCGCCGGCGCUGGCGGCGGCGGCCGGCGUGCCGUGCGCCCUGGCCGGCGACUUCCUCCAGCGACACAACGUAACAGCUGAUGAUGACUACGUAUCAGGUGAAAUCUGCGGCGGCCAGUGUUGCGGGCGAGGGCGUGAAGUGCAGCUGCAAUCUGCACUGCGCCGCGCAGCCGAGGCCACCACUACUGCACCGGUGCAGCGGACUGCCAGCCUGCUGCUCAAUACUAAGCAGUCGUUACAGGACCACCUAACGGGGCUGUCACACCAAUCACAGAACAAGACAGCGACGCUUUUCACGCAGCUCUAUCGAGGGCACGCGACACGAACCGUCCAGCCUCUGGCCACAUUAUACGAUGACAUCCGAACGGUUCUCCGAGCUGAAGGGGUGACCAGCGAGAGCCUCAGUGCGGGCCCGCCGAAAGACCUCACAGCCACUGCGAAGAAGUUCUUCAGAGAUCUGUUCCCAGUGGCGUACCAUAAUGUACUGAAGUUGGAUUCCAAGCAGUUCACGCCUGAGUAUGAAGUCUGUUUGAAGGAUGCGUAUGAUGCAGUCCAGCCUUUUGGAGAUGUGCCGCAACAGCUGGGCACGUCACUAUCGCGGUCACUGGAAGCGGCGCGCGCGCUUCUACAAAUGUUGGCAGUAGGUGCUGAUGUACUCUCGUCUGCUGAGCGAGUGCUGGCCACUGGUACUGACAACUGUGCUGAGCGUCUACUGAGGGCGGCUGGCUGUGCUCACUGCCAGGGACACGAUGUCAGGCCUUGUAGGAGCUAUUGUCUCAAUGUGGUUAGAUGGUGCAUUGGCUCCCUGGUGUCAGAGCUGGACGCUCCCUGGGCUGGCUACGUGGAGGGAGUCGAAAGGCUCACCAAAGUAGACGCAGACGUUGCCCUCAGAGAACUAGAGACUAAAGUCUCUAAAGCCAUCAUGUACGCGCUCGAGAACAGAGCCGUCUCCGAAAACAAGGUUCGCCAAGAAUGCGGUCCCCCAGCCACAAUGGACAGCCCAGUUCUAUCAUCAGCCAUCCCCACUCCUGGUUCAAUUCGUCGCGACAACCUUCGAGCGCCACCACCAGACACAGAACUGUUACUAUUUGCAGCCACCCUCGCGUCGAAUAAGAAACUCUUUGCUGGACUAGCGGAUCGAGUUUGUGACAAACCUGACUUCGCUGCUGAGGAGAAUGAGCGCUGUUGGAAUGGCAACGCUAUAGCUGACUACACGAAGCCACUAACGUUAUCGUCUUCACCGAGCGAUCAGAAGUACAACCCCGAGUCCACGGGAGACGCACCCAAGGAUGCAAGAGUCGCCGUGUUGGCUGACAGGCUGCAGCAGGCUAGACAGUUGCUAGUAUCAUACUCACGCAGUAAGGAGCUGUCAGCCGAGGCGUUCAUGCAAGGCGACGAGGCCGGUGAAGAAGGGUCAGGCUCCGGCCGCAGCUACCCUGAGGAUUACGACUCCGAGGGUUCCGGAGGAGAAGACGGCUCCGGAGACCACGAUGGAAUAAGCAAAACGUACAACAACGAGUCUCCACCGGACUCGUCGACGCCGAAGGUGUUCAACGCAGCGGGAACCACGUGCAGUGCAUCAGUGUUGGUACUACUGCUGGCUGCCAUCGCCGCGCGUCUCACCUAAGCGACGCAGCGCACGUAAGAAUAACCAUAUCAUUGUGGAGGCGAGUGAACGAGUGACUGACUGGCUCUCGCGCACGGACCCCACCCCUCGUGCUGUCCCGCUCACACGUGCGUGGCGCGAGCGGGACGGGUGAUGCUGCGCAGUGCGCGAGCCACAUAGUGUAGUGACGUAACACAGACACGAGAGUGACGCGUUCGUUGUAGCUAGUCGUAAAGUACGGUAGUGUCCGAUGCCAGAUUUCCGCGUAUUUACAAACAUAUUUUAUAUCGAAAUGUCAAUGCACGCCACAAUCCCCGAUGCAUUUAAGAUAUUUUAACGUUUGUAAUUGUACAGUGCAUAUCCCAGUAACGUGUACAGUGCAUAUCGAUGUUGUCUUCAUUUUGUAAAUAUUUUUUUGAAGAAUCUUCUUAGUAUUAGGUGGAAAUAUACAUUGUAAUGGAAGCUUUACUAUACUUCUGCAUUUAAAACUUGGAGGUGAUCGUGAAAUUUAUUGUCAUAAUAAUAAUAAAUUAUUUGAGAAAUCUUUAAUCAUUGUUGAACACUAGCUGAUUGGCAAUAAUUUUAUUAAGAAAAAUGUAUAACGAUUAGAAGCGAGUGAUAACUCUUAAAUAAGGAUUCUGUGUACAGAUUGUGUAAAUACCUGAAAUCCUACUGGUCUAGGUGCUUAGCUAGUAAAUAUAUUUCGUUGCCAUAUUAAAAUUACGGAUAUUAUUAUUUAUAAUAUUAAUUAAGUCAUAAUUUAAACUAAUAUUAUGUUAUGUGAUACUGAUUAGUUUGUAAGUUGAUGCACGAGAUGCAUCGUAUUGUUUAAUAUAAUUGGUUUAUUCAUUCAUGUAACGACUAAAUACUAAAUAUCGAACACCUGAAUGCAAUAUAAAGUUCCAUCUUAACAAGAUAAACUAAAAUAACAUUACUAUAUAAAUAGCUGUAUGUUUGUUGUGUAUAAUUUAUUUACUACAGGCCUAAAUACCCAUGUUUAUUCAGAUAUAUAAAUAUUUAGUUUCCAGUAUCAAUAAACCAGUAAUGUAGGUAAAAUGAAAUGACAAGAAAAAAAAAACAAAAUAAAAAUAUAAGUUAUAUGUAGCAAUAAAUACGUUUGUAAAUUGCUUUAAAGAUUAGUGAAUAUAUAAUAAAGUGUUGCGGUCAUGUAAUGGCUGCGUUUUGUAUGUAUCGUAGAUAUGGGGUGUUGACGCGAGGACCACACGGAAUGUGGGGAACUGUCGCUACAAUCAAAAUAAUUUUAAUAAUGAUCACAAUUUCAAAUAAAAAUU